AUGCGUUUCUCCACCGCCACCAUUUACUCCGCCCUUGUGGCCAUGGCCGCCGCCUACACCACUCCGGACUACAGCCAGAACCCUACCGGCAACGCCAUCAUCUCCCCUGGCCUGAACGAGAUCGUUCCUGAGGGCAAGACCUACACCAUCAAGUGGACUCCCACCACCACCGGUCCCAUCUCUCUGGUCCUCCUCCGCGGACCCUCCAACAACGUCCAGCCCCUCAAGACUCUGGCCGAGUCCAUUCCCAACAGCGGCGAGUUCAAGUGGACUCCCGGCUCCGACCUGACCCCCGACACCACCCACUACGGUCUCCUUCUCGUCGUCGAGGGCACCGGCCAGUACCAGUACUCCACCCAGUUCGGUCUCUCCGCCGCGGCCGGCUCCUCCAGCGCCGCCUCCACCAUUGAGGCUUCCGAGACCACCGCCGCUCACACCGCCACCGCUACCACCAUCGAGACCACCGAGAGCACCACCAUCUGCCCUGAGACCGAGACCACUGCCCCCGCCGUCUCCACCUCCACCCCCGCCUGGUCUACCGUCAUCUCCAGCUCCGUGGUCACCACCACCAUCUGCCCCGAGACUGAGACUGCUUCCGCCACCUCCAUCCCCGUGGUUGUCCCCACCGGCGUGACCUCCAAGGCCUGGACCUCCUCCGCAGCCGCUUCCACCGUCGCUGCCUCCGGCACUGUCUCUGCUUCCCCCUCUGCCUCGUCGCCCGUCUUCAACGGCGCUACCUCCACCAAGACCAUCAGCUUCGGUGCUGUCUUCGCCGGUCUCCUUGUCGCUUUCGCCAUCUAA